AUGGCAGAACUGUGCCGCAUGGAUUCCACGCUGACGGCUCUGGAUGAGGAGAUGCUCUGGGACAUGCUGGAGAGCCACCGCUGCAAGAUCGUACAGAGCAUCUGCCCCAGCCGCCUCACCCCCUACCUGCGCCAGGCCAAGGUGCUGGGCCAGCUGGAUGAGGAGGAGGUCCUCCACAGCCCCCGAUUCACCAACAGUGCCAUGAGAGUUGGGCACCUGUUGGAUCUGCUGAAGGCCCGAGGGAAGAAUGGGGCUGUCGCCUUCCUGGAAAGCCUGAAGUUCCACAACCCUGAUGUCUACACCCUGGUCACUGGGCUGCAGCCUGACAUCGACUUCAGCACCUUCAGCGGUCUCAUGGAGACAUCCAAGCUGACUGAGUGCCUGGCUGGGGCCAUCAGCAGCCUGCAGGAGGAGCUGGCCCAGGAGAAGGCGCAGAAGGAGAUGCUGCUUCGGAGAUGCCAGCAGCUGAAGGAGCGCCUGGGCUUGGCCGAGGCCCGUGCAGAGGGCCUGCUCCAGCUGGAGGUUGACCAUAGCCGCAUGAAGCGUGAGGUCAGUGCCCACUUCCACGAGGUCCUGAAGCUGAAGGAUGAGAUGCUGAACCUGUCACUGCACUACAGCAACGCACUUCGGGAGAAAGAACUGGCUGCCACACGCUGCCACAGCCUGCAGGAGGAGCUCUACCUGGUGAAGCAGGAACUACAGAGGGCAAGCCUUGUGUCUUCAUGUGAACGGGAAUCUCGAGAGAGGUCCCUGAGGCUGGCCAGUGACCUGGAGUGUGAGGGAGAGGAACUGAACCGUCUUAAGGAGGAGAACGAAAAACUCCGCUCCAUGACCUUCAGCCUGGUGGAGAAGGACAUUCUGGAACAGAGCCUGGAUGAGGCCCGGGAGAGCAAGCAAGAGUUGGUGGACCGCAUCCACUCACUGCGGGAGCGAGCGGUGGCCGCAGAGAGGCAGCAGAAGCAGUACUGGGAGGAGAAAGAACAGACCCUACUCCAGUUCCGGAAGACCCAGGUGGACUGUGAGCUGUACCGAGAAAAGAUGACCACACUUCAGGGCCAGGUGGCCGAGCUGCAGAAGGAACGUGACCAGGCGUACACGGCGAGGGACGGUGCCCAGAUGGAGAUGUCUCAGCGCCUGGUGGAGAAGGAUGCCCUGCGCAGGAGAGUGUUCGAGCUGACAGAGCAGGUCUGCGAGCUGCGCACUCAGCUGCGCAGGCUGCAGGCAGAGCCGCCGCCGCCAGGAGGACCCAAGCAGGAAGCUGGAGCCAGGGAACUCUGCCUCCGGGGGAAGCAGCGGCUUGUGCGGAUGCAUGCCGUGUGCCCACCAGAUGACAGUGACGGCAGCCUCCUCAGCUCCACUGAGUCCCGGCUGUGGUGGGACCUGAAUCCCACAUCCAGCCGUGAGCAGAUGGACAGCUUCCGCUCCAGCAGUCCCAUGCCUCCCAGCCAGCAGUCCCUAUACAAGCGGGUGGCAGAGGACUUCCUGCAAGACCCUGAGUCUCUAAGCUUCCCAGACGUCCUGGAGGUACGUCUUCAAGGGGCUACAGGGGACGACACAGACACAGACCUGGAGUAUGAGAUACUAGAUGGAGCAGAUCUCUCCCAGUCAGAGGACAGCCUGCCUGAGUCUUCACAGAGCCUAAAUGUCUCAGAAAGCAACGUCCCUGUGAGGCGGAGGCCAGCUCGCAAGAUCCUGAGCCAGGUCACAGUGCUGGCAUUCAAAGGGGACGCGCUGCUGGAGCAGAUAGGUGUCAUUGGCGGGAACCUCACCGGUAUCUUCAUUCACCGUGUCACCCCGGGCUCUGCAGCCGAUGAGUUGGCUUUGCGUCCCGGCACCCAGAUCAUGAUGGUGGAUUACAAGCCAACUGAGCCAUCAUUAAGGGCCACUCUGGAGAAUACCACGCUGGAGCAGGCUGUGGGGCUUCUCAGGAGGGUGAAUGGUUCCUGCUACCUGUCUGUGAAGAUCAACACUGAAGGUUAUAAGAACUUAAUCCAGGACCUAGAUGCCAAAAUGGUGACCUCUGGGGAUUCCUUCUACAUCCGAGUCAACCUGGCCAUGCAUCGAAAGGGAGUGGGGGAGCUGCAUGCACACUGCAAUGAUAUCCUGCAUGUCACUGACACCAUGUUCCAAGGCCGAAGCUGCUGGCAUGCUCAUCACGUGAACCCUUACACCAUGAAAGACAUGGAACCUGGCACCAUCCCCAACUAUUCACAGGCUCAGCAGCAGCUCCUGGCCCUCAUCCAGGACAUGACUCAACGGUGCACAGUUCCCCGAAAGCCUUCCGGAGGACCACAGAAGUUAGUCCGAAUUGUCAGUGUGGACAAAGCUGGCGCCAGUUCUCUCUCUUCGUCCUUUGACCAAGGCCAGCGGACUUCUGGCGGGGAGGAAGGUGGCUCCAGCAUGUGCUUCUGGGCAGAGAACUGCUUCACCCUGGCCCCAUACACCCUGGUGCACCCCCACAGGCCUGCCCGGCCCCGGCCUGUGCUCUUCGUGCCCAGAGUAGUUGGGAAGAUCCUGAGUAAAAAGCUCUGCCUCCUCCAAGGCUUUAAGCAGUGUCUGGCAGAGUACUUGAGCCAAGAGGAGUAUGUCACCUGGAGCCAGAAAGGAGAUAUCAUCCAGGAGGGAGAGUCAAUAGGUGACCACCACUGGGUCACCCGGCAUGCUGUGGAGUCCCUCAUGAAUACGAGCACCCAUGCCCUGCUGGAUGUCCGGCUGGACAGUGUCCGUGUCCUGCACAGGAUGGACAUCUUCCCUAUCAUCAUUCAUGUCUCUGUCAAUGAGAAGACAGCAAAGAGACUCAGGAAGGGCCUGCAGCGGCUUGGCACCUCGGAGGAGCAGUUCCUGGAGGCGGCGCGGCAGGAGGAGGGCGAAUUGGACAGAGUGCCCUGUCUGUACAGCAGCCUGGCCUCUGACAACUGGAGUGACCUGGACAGUCUGCUCAGCUGUGUGCGCCUGGCCAUUGCAGAUGAGCAGAAGAAAGUGGUGUGGACGGAGCAGAGCCCCUGCUGAAGCCCCGACCUGGCUUAGGACUGUGGUGACCUCCAUGCGUCUGUCAGCAAACAACCCUACUUCCUUCUCUGGUCAGGGUCUGACCUCAUGAUGUGCUCACAGCAGCCAGGGUGCAAAUGAUGACGCCACCUUCACACAGCACGGCCUGGGCUGAUGGAGGACUGGAGAACAUUCUGCCAUGUGGAGGUCCUUCCUAAGACGGGCUCAGUGCCAGUGCCCCAACCUCCUGUGAUAAUGGGAAUAGCUUCAUGGGGACUGUCCCCUCCAUUUACAUUUUCGAUGUCAGGGGAAUCUUGCAAGCUUACAGGAGCAGCCAUCCCUGCCCAGGGCAGGGGCACAGACUCCGGGCACCGAGGGCACGGCUGACUCACCACAGCUAACAGCCAAUGCUGCCAGACACCUGCAGACAAGGUUGCCAUGGCACCCAGACUUGAGUUGCUCUUUGACUCAUGGCCUCACGCCCAGCCCCAAACACCUGGUUGCUCUGGUAGAUGUCCUGGACAGAGCCAAUGGACUCUUCCCGAGAGAACUUACUCUCAGACUGACAUUACUCUCUGGUCCUUCCCGGGGUGCAUCACACCACACUCGGUGAUGCCAUCACCUAGUCAUAA